GAGUAAAAUUAUGUCGAUAUAAAGUCUGAAUACAUGUAUUCAGCAUUUUUCUAAAUCUGCCAAAAGUGCACUGGAAAAAUCUUAACACUAGAACUACCGGGAUAAAAUUUACCAAAGCAGGAACUUUAAAAUUAAAUUGUAAAACCAAUCUAUUAAAACAAAAAUAAAAUUCAUUAUAUUACUCCUUUAGUUAUCGUUGUAAAAGUCAUUACAUCAUUGCGGGGAAAAAAUGUGACAUGAAGUGGGAAUUUUAAAAUGAAAUUAUAAAACCAGUCAUUUUGACUAGUCUGGAAGUUCUAGUAUUAACUGGUCCUAUCUGGAAUAAUUGGAUCCGAAGGUUUGCAGAAGAGGCAUAGAGAAGAUGUGAACAAAAUAUGGAGAAAACGAUCGUGAUCACUGAUUUCAUGAACCAAGCUGAUCAAACUUGUUCAAUCUCUUCAUAAAUCCACGGUUCAUUAUUGAAGAUCAGAAAGAUUACAUCCCAUGAUCGACCAACAAACGAGGUGAAAACUGUUAUAUGUCCUCACAUCCCUGAGAUGCACUAAGAUGGCUGUGUGCGUCGCAGUGAUCGGGAAAGACAAUUCUCCGAAGUAUAUUCGCUGCUCUGAUGAAACAGCGGCUUUACAAUUCCAUUACAAAGUGCACACAUCAAUUGAUAUUAUAGAAGAAAAAUUAAACACUGGAAAUAAGAUGGCAGCUGAUGUUAGGGAGCUCUUUUUAGGAUUGCUAUUUUCAACCGAGGAGCACAAAAUAUUUGGUUAUGCUACAAAUACCAAAAUUAAAUUCAUCGUUGUACUGCAAUCGACAAAUGCAUCUCUAAGAGACAAUGAAGUACGAAUGAUCUUCAGAAAAUUACACUCUGCUUACGCGAACGCAGUGUGCAAUCCAUUCUAUGUACCAGGGGACCAAAUCCAAUCCAAAGGGUUUGACACAGCUGUAAUGGAAAUUAUGGGUGUAUCUUAAUCAAACUUUACACAGUAUGUACUAUUAUAAAAUAUAAGUUAAUUGGUAUAAUUAUGAAAUAAAUAAUUGAACUAAGUGAAAUGAAAAUCGUUGUUUUCUAGUGAUACUGGCAAAUCACUGGCCAAAUCCCACAAUAAACUUCUACCAAACAGA